CGGGAAAAAGGGAGUCGGGGAGCCUGGUGUCGUGGCACGUUGCCGGGGCAGUAGAGAGCAGAGAGUUGGUACCACGAUACAGGCCAGCUGCUGUCUGUGGACAGAGAUCCUUCCAGGAUAAGCAAAACAUCUACAAAUGCCAGAAGGAAGGAAGCAGAUAAUGGAGAGAAAAGCAGAAGGACCAGGCUGGUUAGCAUCAUGGCCAGGUUUCACUCUGGCUCCAGUGGAGUCUCGUGAUUUGAAGGAAAAGGGAAGACCUUACUUUGAAAUUAUCAGAGAAGGACCUUGAGGGAAAAUUAGAAUCCACAAUUAUAUAGUUUCUGGAAGCCAGAAACCUGAGAGGGAUUUGUCUGUCUGUCUGUCUAUUUAUUUUAACCGGUGAGACGUGGAAACCAGAACACUCAAAGUCAAGAUUUUUAGCUCCAUGCCAACAUGUUCCAGUGGCGCCUCCUGCUGGCCACUUCAAAAAAGUCCUUGCAAACCGUCCCAUCCGGAUCUGAAGGAGCAAGACCCCAAACUGUUGUUCGGAGGAACAGACCCUAAGGAGUGGAAAGAUCUUCACAAACAACUUCAUCUUCAUGGACAAUGGAACGAUUUUCACAGAAAUGGAACUGUCAUCGGAACCGGUGCUGGACGCCAAAUCUGAGGUCACCUGUCAGCUUAUAGAUUUUCAGUGGAAACUGGGCGUGGCUGUGAGCUCUGACCAAUGCAGAUGGCUCAAGUAUCUGUAUGUGGCGGUGAUGCUAAAAGUGGCAGACCAUUCUGGCCAAGUAAACAGCAAGUCCAUCGAAAUGACAAUUCCACAGUUUCAGAAUUUCUACAGACAGUUCAAGGAAAUUGCUGCUGUAAUUGAAACUGUAGGAGAACUGAUUCGUGAUUCUAAAGUAAUGGACUCUACCAUCCAGAAAAAAAACUACAUGUGGGUCAAAGGAUAUUUAUGCAAUGAAAAUUGCACUUCUGGGACUGGAGAGAUUGCUUAGAGGUUAGGAGCACUGGUUGCUCUUCCAGAGGACCCAGGCUCAGGUUCAAUUC